UCUUUUCCUAACCAUCCAUUCGACAACAUGUUGGGAGUGUAUGCUGAGGAGUUCAAGUCAGUGUUGCAUAAUCCAAGAAGGUUCAUGACGUCAACGCUCAACCUGGCAUGUGUGGUGUUCUCUGCCCUCAUGUUAUGGAAGGGUCUCAUGCUGUACACGGGCUCAGAGAGUCCCAUUGUGGUGGUAUUGAGUGGCUCGAUGGAACCUGGCUUCCACAGAGGAGAUAUACUUUUUUUAACACUAAAACAGCAGGACCCUUUCGAGCCUGGCGAUGUGUCCGUUUUCUCCAUCGACGGUCGCGAUAUCCCCAUCGUUCACCGAAUCGUCAAUGUUCAUGAAGAGGAGAGUGGUCGCGUCCGCAUAUUAACGAAGGGUGAUAACAAUAUGGUUGAUGAUCGUGGCCUCUACAACUACGGUCAACUUUUCAUCGAAAGGAAGAAUAUCAUGGGGAGGGCUCAAGGCUUCCUGCCCUAUGCGGGGAUGGCCACUAUAUGGCUCAACGACUAUCCGUGGUUGAAGUACGUGCUCCUAGGCACGAUGGGUUUCUUUGUUAUGAUUGGGAGAGAUUGACGACGAUUAUGAUGGGGCAGUAAAGCUGUCACCUCCAUCGGUACUGCUGUUCGGUCGCUGA